AUGGGAAGAGGUAGGGUUCAACUCAAACGGAUCGAGAACAAAACAAGUCAACAAGUAACAUUUUUCAAAAGAAGAACUGGACUUCUCAAGAAAGCUAAUGAAAUUUCUGUUCUUUGUGAUGCUCAAGUUGCUUUGAUUAUGUUCUCUACCAAAGGAAAACUUUUUGAGUAUUCCUCAGCACCAAGCAUGGAAGAUAUUUUGGAAAAAUAUGAGAGACAAAAUCAUUCAGAGCUUAAUGGAGCUGCAACCAAUGAGACACAGGGAAAUUGGACUUUUGAAUACAUGAAGCUGACUGCUAAAGUUCAAGUCUUGGAGAGGAACUUAAGGAACUUUGUGGGACAUGAUCUGGAUCCUUUGAGUGUGAAAGAGCUUCAGAGCUUGGAGCAACAGCUCGACACAUCGCUAAAGCGCAUCCGGACAAGAAAGAACCAAGUUAUGAAUCAAUCCAUCUCCGAGCUGCAUAAAAGGGCAAGGGCAUUGCAGGAACAAAACAGCAAGUUAGCAAAGACAAAGGAGAAAGAGAAGAUAGUGAAUGAACAUCCACGGAGAUGCAUUGAAACCAAUGCCAUAGGGCAAUGUUCAUCCACUCUCAACUUAGGUUUUCAACCACAGGCUCUACCUCCACAAAGAUUGGUUCCUUCUCUAUCUCUCAGUGGAGCUAUACAAGCAAGAGGGUCAAUGGAAUUUGAAGAAACAGGUGAAGCUCAAACUGUUCCUAACAACAACAAUAAUAGUCUUAUUCCAGCAUGGAUGCUACAACAUCUUACCAACUAG